GGUCGCGCGCUAAGUCUUUCUAACGUUCGAAUUUUUCUCAGAGAUCGCGAACCUUCUCCGUUUGCACUUCAUUUUACCAGACAUUUUUCGCGCGACGAUACGGCACACAGCUCACGCGCUUCCACCAUCUUUAUUUACUAAUUUUGGACUUGAACGCCGAGAACGGGGAACGGAUAGAGAUUGUACCGCCUCUAGCGACAUCUUUCGACCUCACCUUCUACGAUGCGCGCAACAACGUCACGGACUUCGGAUAUCUGCAGACUGUGCACGCGACACGUACUUUUCUCUCUACCGUUCUGAAAUACCGACACUCUCGAUGCGUCGCGUUCGCAUCGAUGUUCUUCCGAUUCCACGUCGAAUAUCCCCAGUUACGUGUCCAAUUUUUCCCGAUCGAUCCGAUUCCCUUUUCCGACGAAAAUCCAACAAACCGCCCCGCGGUCGUCGAAAUUUCGCGACUCGACGAGUGACCUAUUACCGUUCAACUCUGAAGUUGCUCGCUGAAGUCGCCCGAUAGGAUCGCUGGACGAUCGUUUCCUACGCGGUCGGUUCGCGUUUCUGUAUCUCGAACGUGCUCUCGCCAUCGGGCGCGGAUACGUCGCGUCGCGCAUCAGCGUGAAAAGUUAGGUUACGUUCUGCUAGAGGAACGUAGAAGAAUAGGAUCUCGCGCGAUGCGUUCUCUUCGUGACGGCUAAUCAAUUGUUCUUCGGUGAAAGUGACACUGCGCGCGACCGAUCAUGGAUCCUACGGAAGAUUGGAACGGCGAUUGUCAGACACCGUUCGACGGUGAAUCGCAAGAAACCGUCCUCCACCGAGCAGCUAACCACUGCGUACCUGGUUACUCGAAUUUCGACGAUUACGUUCAGGAUGCGUUCGACGCUAUACGGGCUGGAAUCAAAGCUGCCAAUGCUUUACCGAUAGGCUCAAAUUUUCAUUACUACUCCUGCUUUACCAGUUUCCUUACCGCCAAAGAUCGAAAUGUCCAAUUAUUGGUGACCGCUAUGCAGAAUACCUUUGGAAUGGCUGGUAUCAAGGGUAACAUUUCGAAUCUCGACGCGGAGGAGAAAUUCGACCUUUUAUUGGAAUCCAAUGAUAUAUUUUUGGACAGAGCGAACUCGUUGAUGGACGAAGAAUCCGGCGUCUCUAAAGCGUCCGAGGUGGAGUUCGUGGUAACGCAGACCAGACAGAAAACGAUCAACGGUAGCUGGAACAAGCAACCCUCGCGUCUCCAGCAAGACUCCGAAAACGCGCAAUCCGUUCGAUUGCUCGCCGGAAGGAACGUUCAGAGACCGCAAUUAAUGUUCAAGGACAAAAUUGAUAACACCUCGAAACCUUGGUGUCCCAGAAUUAAAGAUAAACCAAACUCUUUAAAGCCGUUGGCGAUCUACCUGGAAGAAGGCGAGAACGGAGAAGCUUUUAAUCAUCCGUACGGGUACGAAUUGGACUUGUUUACUCCGAAGGCUGGUCAACUACAGAAAUCGGAGCCGAAGAUGUAUAAAUCUUUGGAGGAAACACCUUUGAUAAUGAUCGAACGUCCGUCCGAUCUGACGAUGCUGAUAAACGAUUUGAAACGGUACAAGGAAAUUGCCGUCGACUUGGAGCAUCAUUCUUAUAGAAGUUUCCAAGGGAUAACUUGUCUGAUGCAAAUAUCGACGGGAGACACCGAUUACAUAAUCGACACGUUGUCGUUGCGAUCCGAAUUAGACGAAUUGAACGAAAUCUUCACGAAGCCGACGAUUCUAAAGGUAUUUCACGGCGCGGAUUUAGAUAUUCAGUGGCUCCAACGAGAUUUGUCUUUGUACGUGGUCAACAUGUUUGACACGCAUCAAGCCGCGAAGCAACUCAAUCUGCCGUAUUUGAGUUUAGCCUACUUGUUGAAGCGCUACUGUAAUAUAGAUCCGAAUAAGCAUUUCCAGCUGGCCGAUUGGCGAAUAAGACCUUUACCCGAAGAACUACAAAAAUAUGCCAGGGAGGACACGCAUUAUCUGUUGUACAUAAAGGAUAUAUUGAGAAACGCUUUGGUGGACCUUGCCAACGGCCAAACGAACAUUUUGAAAGCGGUGCACGAUAGAAGUACGGACAUAUGCAGGAAAACUUACGUGAAACCUGUCUGGACGGAAGAAAGUUGCAUGAGUUUGUACAGGAAAAGUCAAAAAAUGUUCAACAAUAAACAGCUGUACGCUUUGCGGGAAAUUCACAAGUGGAGGGACACGGUCGCCAGAGAGGAGGACGAUAGCACCGCUUACGUUUUACCGAAUCACAUGCUUUUGAAUAUAGUGGAAACGUUACCGCGAGAAAUGCAAGGAAUUCUGGCGUGUUGUAAUCCUAUACCUCCUUUGGUUCGACAACAUCUGUUAAAGUUGCACAAAAUCGUAUUGAAGGCUAGAGAACAGCCGCUCAUCAAGCCGGUUCUCGAGGAUCUCAGGCAAAGAUUGUCGCAGAGGAAUCAGAUUACGAACUCGGAAGCUUGGAUGCAUUCGCCCCAUGAUAUACCGAGCGGCACCGAGGCGAGAGCCGAUUUACCGUGUCUGUUGGACAAGAACGCGCCACCGGAAACAUCGGUAGGAAAUGUAAUGGUGAACCACACGGUCACAGUGUUCGACAGUCCUGUCGCGUCCGAGGACGAGGAAACGACCAGAGACCAGCAACGACAUAUUAAAAAGAAAUUCGUUUUCAUCAGUCCAUUCGAACGGUAUAAACGCGUGAUACCUAUGGUCGCGCAGGAAGAAGCGCGAGAAAGAGAGAGGCAACAGCGAGAAGAGGAAAAUCGAUUGAUGGAACAGAAGAAACAAGAAGAGGAGAUCGCGGAAAGCAGAAGUAGAGUUUACGAACAUUUCAAACAAGUUUCUCAGAUUCCGGCCGAGGGGACCGCGACGAAAUCUUCGAAGAAGAAACCCCCGGUUCCUCUGUCUCAACAUCAGGGGCGGAAGAGGAUGCGAGACUCGAAUAUUAACAAAGAGGACGACAUUCGAGGAAAAACCAACGAUAACUUGUUAACGCCAGCUCCGUUGUUGCAAACAAAAAGAAUCGACAAGUCCAAAGAAGAAUCUAAAGACGAGACACCUUUGAUAGAGGAGCGGAAGGUGCAAGAACGUUUAGCGGGGAUUCAAGACGAAGCGAAAGCAGAUGCGGACGCGGUUAAAUCUAUGCGUGUCAGAAAGAAAGGGGACAGGCAGCGCACGAUGAAAGAGUUGGAUAAAAAGGGUUUGAUGCCGUCGAAAAUGUUUGAUUACAAAAUGGUAGAUUUUAGCGGUUUCCAAGGAGGAAGCGCAAACGCGGCCAAUCAAGUCAACUUUGAACAAACAAUGAAAAAAUCGAAAGAGAAGAAACGGAAGCGAAAGAAGCAAAAAUUGAAUAUAUAACCUGCGUUAGAUUCGAAGUGUAGGUUUGACGGAAACAUUUGUACUGCGCGAAUAAAGCAAUAUAAACAGUUUAUAUUACACUCGUAUGCUGUGUACGAAUGAUAUAGAACGGUAACAAGUAUAUAAAGAUACAUCGUAUCGUUGCGUAUAUAUUGUAUACAAAAAUAUAUCGAGUUGAUUG